AAACACGUUGAAAACUGUAUCAGAGUCUACUUUCCUUCCCAAUAAUAUGGAAACUCGAGUUAUGCUCUUAAUACUGGGCCUGUGCCUGUGCAGAUGCACCUGGGCAAAUAAAGAUGAUGGAUGCAGUGAAGGUGAAGUCUGGAGUGAUGGCAAAUGUGUAGCUAAAGAAGAAUGUGAUGGCAGUCAGUGUGGGUUAUUUGGCAAAUGCCACAAAACAAAUGAUGGCUACAACUGUAUUUGCCAAGAAGGGUUCAGGAAUCUUGACAGCAACAUCAGAGAACCCUGUGAAGAUGUGGAUGAGUGUGUGGUGAGUCCUUCUGUUUGUGGUCCAAACGGCACCUGCAAGAACACACAAGGCAGCUACACCUGCACCUGUCCAGCAGGGUUCAUGAACCAGGACAAGAACACCAGCGCCCCCUGUGUAGAUGUAAAUGAGUGCAAGGAUGAAAUACACACAUGUGACUCCAGUCAAACCUGUAUCAACACACUCGGAUCAUUCAGUUGUGUGUGUCGUGAUGGUUACAAAGAUGCAGAUGCACGUGGGGACUCGGCCAUAUUGGCCUGUGAUGAUGUGAAUGAGUGUUACAAACAUCCUCCUGAUUGUGGUCCAGACGGCAUCUGCCAAAACACACCUGGCAGCUACAACUGCACCUGUCCACCAGGGUUCAGUAACCGUGGUAACAUCACCAGUGCCCCCUGUGUAGAUGUGGAUGAGUGUUACGGAAAUCCUCCUAGUUGUGGUCCAGGCGGCAUCUGCCAAAACACACCUGGCAGCUACAACUGCACCUGUCGUAAGGGGUUCAGUAAAAGUGGCAACAGCACCAGUGCCCCCUGUGUAGAUCAGUCAUGUGAUGAAUUUAAUAUCGGAAGCUCCCAUACGCAGGCCGGGGGAUGUUUGGAGAGUGCCAGGGAUAAGUUGCGUCAGAUCUGUCAUGGUCUGAGCACGACAGGAGAAAAACUGCUCGAGGAUCUGCUGAUGGAGAUAGAAGAGAUAUUGUCCUCUGGCCGGUGCAUAUCUGACUGCAGCCAAGUGGCAGAGCUGUUCGCCAUCAUGGAGGAAGCCAUGAUGCUGAUCGGCCCCCAGCUCAUCGGACCCAAGAGAGGGGAGUCACAGCAAGGACAUGCCGCAUGUCAACGCACACAUAUCGGGGCGGAGCUUGCGGUGAAAAGAGGUAGAACUCCUCCCACUGGGCCGGUCAUGUUGAGCACAGAGAACGCCUCCUUCAACACCAGCUGGGAAAUGGCUGCAGGCAAUGGCACCUAUCCAGCUUUCUCUCCAGGUUUCACUGUGGUCGCACUGGUCAGCUACAAGAGCCUGAACACCCCCAACUCCUCCUUUCAGGCCCUGAGGGAGAAGAUGGAGGAGCAGGAGGGGCAGAAGGAGAAGAAGGUGCUUACGGAGCUCCAGAUCGUCUCCAACGUGGUGACGGCCUGCGUCAGCAACCGAGUCACACACCAACUGGACCAGAACGUCAGCCUCACCUUUAAACACAAUCAGGAGAGGAAUGAGUCUGAGCGUUUGCGCUACGUGUGUGUGUUCUGGGACAGAGACGCCUGGUCACAGCGCGGGUGUGUGUCGUCCUCCACCAGCACACACACCGUCUGCAGCUGCAACCAUCUCAGCAGCUUUGCCGUCCUCAUGGCCCUCUACAACAUCAAGCACACCUUUGAGCUGCAGCUGAUUACGUGGGUGGGUCUGGCCGUGUCUCUGGCGUGUCUGUUCGUCUGCAUCUUGACCUUUGGCCUCUGCCGCCCCAUCAAGGGCACGCGCACCACCAUCCACCUCCACCUGUCGCUCUGCCUCUUCCUCGCCGACCUCAUCUUCCUCUGCGGCAUCAGCCGGGCACAGAAGGCUGGCUGUGGUCUGGUGGCCGGGCUGCUGCACUAUUUCUUCCUGGCUGCGUUCAGCUGGAUGCUGCUGGAGGGGGUGCAGCUGUACAGGAUGGUGGUGAAGGUGUUCCACACCAACCUCCGCCCCGCCUACAUGAUGGCCGCCGGCUACGGAGCCCCACUCGCCAUCGUCAUCAUCUCCGCCAUCGCCUACCCGCAAGGAUACGGCACCGACCAACACUGCUGGUUGUCUCUGGAGCGUGGUUUCAUCUGGGCGUUCUUCGGCCCUGUGUGCAUCAUCAUCUUCCUCAAUGCCUUCUUCUUCAUCAUCACGCUCUGGAAGUUGGCCGAGAAGCUCACCAGCCUCAACCCCGACCUCUCCAACCUGCAGAUGAUCAAGGGUUUCACGAUGACUGCGGUGGCUCAGCUGUGUGUUCUGGGGGGCAUGUGGAUGUUUGGCUGCUUCAUGUUCCAGAAUGUGGCCAUGGUCUACCUCUUCACCAUCCUCAACAGCCUGCAGGGGGCGCUCAUCUUUAUCUUGCACUGCCUCAUGUAUGAACCUGUGAGAGGUGAGUAUGCCAAGUUCCUGCGAGGCAUCCGCACUCGACAAAGACGGAGUCAAACAGAGUACAGUUCCAACCCGUCCAGCAACAGCCAGCAGGUUGCGAAGACCAACCAGAGUACCAGUCAGUUAUAAGACUGAAGAGGACCUCUGACCUUCAGGAGACCCUCAUCACCUGGCAACCCAUUCAGUGUUCUAUUCAGUAUUAUUUUGUGUUAUGUUGUAUGAGAAACAUGGACAUUGUUCCUCGUAGCUUACAGUAUUUUUGCUAGAAGUUUACUGAAUAUAAAUUACAGUAAACAUACCUUUAGGAAGGUGGACAGCUUUUCCUGAUGUUUGCCCGAAAACAAAGCGUAAGUUUUUCAUGUUUUUGUUUCAAUUCCAAAAAACACAUGAGUUAACUUUUGUGUUAAAUUACCCCCUUUUGAUCUGAAAAAAGAGUAAGAAGCUCUAUAAUUCUCAACCAAUGUCAGAGUUGUUUUAACAGAGUAGUUUUAAACUCAAAACAGUGUUGAAAUAAACUAUUAGGCCUAAAGAGUCCACGGAACACUGUGUACAGAACAUAUAUGAUUUUGCCACAGUUACAUUAUAUUAUGAUGUCUGGUCAGUAACCAAUCUGAAUGUGUGAAAGUGACGGGAGCAUCCAGUAUGCCAAUAUUCAAUAGAUGUUUAAUAUAAUAAGUACAUGAGCACAGCAGGACUGUCUUUCAUUUUUUAUUAAGCCAGGGGUUGAAGUUGAUCGUAAAAUAUGAACAUGAUUAGUUUUGACCUGUAACACCUGUUGUAUAUCAUUUUGAUACAUCUAUAUUUGUCAUAUCUUCCAAUGUUAUUUUUUCUAGAAUCAAGUUUUUAGACUAUUUAACGUGUCUGUGUGAUGUCUGGUGUGUUUCACAAGACAUACAGUAUCAUGAGCAAAGUAUCAUGGCAGAGGAUUUCUGCUUUGGGUGAGAGACAGGAGGACAUACAUUUAGCCAUUUUAAGACCAUAAAGGGAUUUAUAAAACCAACAACUGAAUGUACAACUUAGAAGAACACAGAAGAGAUUUAGAGUUGAAGUCUGUCUUUAAUUUUCUAUUUUCAUAUUUUAGAUUUGAAAAGUCCUGCUUUGUCUGUUUGUAUUUUUUUUUUUUAAUCUUGUUCUAUGUUUGUUGACUUUUUGCAAUAUGCAGAUUUUGAUAACGGUUUUGUCUAUACUAUAUACAUCUGGUG